AUGCUCGCCCCUGUUCUCCGCACUACACGACUCACAACCCGUUCUGCUUUUCCGCCGGCGCGUGGUUUCGCACGCCUGACUCUGAUUGGUCGCCUUGGUGCUGAUCCUGAAUUAAAGACAUCUACAAGCGGGGCAGAAUAUGUAAAAUACGUUGUAACAACCGACGUUCCUUCUCGACCCCUACCAGAUGGCACAUACCCACCACGAGCGAAGUCAUGGCACAAUAUAAUAUCGUUCACUCCUACUACUUACUCCAAACUUACCGCUUUACGGAAGGGAGCACGAGUAUACGUAGAAGCUACAUAUGAAAUGAAGAAGUUGGAGGCAAAUGAAGAGUUUCCUUCUCGUCAAGUAGUCAACUUGAGACACGAAAAACUUCAAGUUCUCGAUAAAGGGCCCAAUGCUGAGGCAUCUGCUGAACAUUUGGACAAUUAA